AUGGUUAAAUUCCGAUUACCUUCCUCAAGUAUCGUCGACGGUCCAGCACAUGAGCCGUCAAUCGGUCAACCGGUCUCGAUCCAGCUUAACCUGGGCUUGAACUCUGAAGUUCUUUCCGCCUCAGUGACGACAACGAGAUCCACCCAACAACACGGUGAUCGUUUCGCUAUGCCGUUGAAAUUGGAAUGUAGGGGUGGGAAUGGAAAUGUAAUUAUAUUUUGUUUUAUCUUAUUUUACAGAUUUGAAAAUUAUUUUGUACUUAUGAACAUUACUCUUGGUGUUUUUCACAUAUUAACUGAGCUACUCAUCUUGUGCUCACUGCAAGUAUCACUGAAAAGUGACGUAAUCUUCACCAUUUUACUAUGGCUACGAAUUUUGUCAUGGUGCAACAUGUACGUGAAUAUUUUACCAUUCAAAUAUUUGGUUCCAACUUUGUUUGCGAAAAAUUUUAAAUUGUACUUGAAUAUAUUUAUCUGGUUCUGGUAUGGAGUUUCAAUUUGGAAUUCUCCAGUAUUGCAAUACUUAUAUCAUCAAAUUUAUCAUACAUCAUCGGCUGAUUGCAUCGGAGAAGGUUUAGCUGUAAGAUGUAUUCUACUUAAAGAUGGACAAGAUCAUAAACAUUUUAAGACUUUACGCAAAGCAUAUCUUGAGGUGAAACUAGCAAAUGGAAAAUUUAGCAACAAUUUGGAUUCAUCUAAAGACAAUGCUUCAGUGACAGCUUUUCAAGCAAUCAAGUGUGUGAUGACACUUAAACGCAAACUCCGACGUAUUCGUCAAGCUAAAGAUUUACCCACUGAGGAAGAAAGUGCUAGUAUUUCCUAGAGUUUGAGAUAUUAUUAAAACUUUCUUAACGCAUCAAAUGACAUAUACAAAUAUAUAUCAAUUUAUUCUUGUUAACACCAAUGAUCAUGACCUCACUAAGUCUUUAUUUUUUUCUUCCUUGAUGAGAAUAAAGGAGCCUUCAUUCCCGUUCUGUAUUUGCAUUUUUAUA